AUGUUAGACACCUUCUUUCUUUCCUUCCUUCCUUCCUUCCUUCCACUACUACAACGAAGAAACACAGCAUCACAUGUUGAAAUUCCAUCUUUACCCUCAAUGAACUGCAGCGCCCCCAGUGCCGGCAGCACUCAUGCAGCUUCCUUCCUUCCUUCCAUCCAUCCAUCCUUCCUUCCUUCCUUCCUUCCAUCCAUCCAUCCAUCCUUCCACUGGUACAACAUGACAUCACAUGUUGGAAUUUCAUCUUUCCCCUCAGUAAACCACAGCUCCUCAAUGCCGGCAGCACUCGUGCAACUUCCUUCUUUGCUUCCUUCCUUCCUUCCACUGGUACAACACAACAUCACAUGUUGGUAUUUCAUCAUUCCCCUCAGUAAACCACAGCUCCUCAGUGCCAGCAGCACUCGUGCAACUUCCUUCUUUCCUAUCUUCCUUCCUUCCACUACUACAACACAACAUCACAUGUUGAAAUUCCAUCUUUCCCCUCAUUCAACCACAGCUCCCCCAGUGCCGGCAGCACUCAUGCAGCUUCCCUCCUUCCUUCCACUGGUACAACACAACAUCACAUGUUGGAAUUUCAUCUUUCCCCUCAGUAAACCACAGCUCCUCAGUGCCGGCAGCACUCAUGCAACUUCCUUCUUUCCUAUCUUCCUUCCUUCCUUCCUUCCACUGGUACAACAUGACAUCACAUGUUGGAAUUUCAUCUUCCCCCUCAGUAAACCACAGCUCCUCAGUGCCGGCAGCACUCAUGCAACUUCCUUCUUUCCUAUCUUCCUUCCUUCCUUCCACUGGUACAACAUGACAUCACAUGUUGGAAUUUCAUCUUCCCCCUCAGUAAACCACAGCUCCUCAGUGCCGGCAGCACUCAUGCAACUCCUUCCUUCCUUCCUUCCUUCCUUCCUUCCUUCCUUCCUUCCUUCCACUGGUACAACACAUCACAUGUUGAAUUUCAUAUUCCCCCUCAGUGAACCACAGCUCCUCAGUGUUGACAGCACUCGUGCAACCUUUUCCCUCAGUAAACCACAGCUCCUCCGUGCCGGCAGCACUCGUGCAACUUUCUUUUUUCCUAUCUUCUUUGCUUCCUUCCUUCCACUGCUACAACACAACAUCACAUGUCUGAAUGUCACAUUCCCCCUCAUUAAACCACAGCUCCUCCGUGCCGGCAGCACCCGUGAAACUUCCUUCUUUCCACAACUCUGUGCCAGAAGCACUCGUGCAGCUCCGCACCACAACUCAUGUUUGACGGUGGACAUUUAUCUCGCUGCCCACUGGACAAUGAUGGCUUUGUGUUGACGGUCAAUAGUGUAUACAAGCUGCACACUGACUACUCUAAAGUCACUUUCAUGGCAAAUUCUUGCUGAAAUGUGAGUGUGAGUACUCACCAUUGUACCACACACACACACACACAAACACACACACACACACACACACACACACCAUGCGUCAGAUCCCUUUAUCACACACACACACACAUUUGCUUUAAAGCGAUUUUGGAUUCUUCAUUACGCGCGUCGUCGUCGUUCUUGUCGCCUGGGUAAAUUAUGAAUAUACACACAUGCACAUGCUUUAACACACACACACACUUUCCCAUCCAGCACCGUGCGGACUGAAGGUGCUGCCGCCUGUACAUAGCAGCGUGUGUGGCGUGGUUGUAUUGUGUUGCUGUCGUCUGCUAGCUAACAGGAAAGCGCAUGGACCUGCCCCCAAACCCUCAAGUGUUUUAAUCGCCCUCAUUGUGGACCAGUUAGGGCCUAAAUAUACCCUUUUGUGCAAUACCCCCCCCUCAUAUACAUAUAGGUGUGUAUAUACUGUAUAUAUAUAUAUAUAUAUAUAUAUAUAGGCCAAAAGUUUGGACACACCUCCUCAUUCAAUGCGUCCUCUUUAUUUUCAUGACUAUUGACAUUGUAGAUUGUCCCUGAAGGCAUCACAACUAUGAAUGAACACAUGUGGAGUUAUGUACUUAACAAAAACAGGUGAAAUAACUGAAAACUUGUUUAUUAUUCUACUUUCUUCAAAAUAGCCCCCCUCUAGAGGUACUCACCUGACAUGGUUUUCACUUCACAGGUGUGCUUGAAGCCCAUGGAGAGAAUGCCAAGAGUGUGCAAAGCCGUAAUCGGAGCAAAGGGUGGCUAUUUUGAAGAAACUAAAACGUGUUUUCAGUCAUUUUUACCCUUUUUUUCGUUAAGUACAUAACUGCACUCGUGAUCGUUUGUAGUUGUGAUGCCUUCAGUGACAAUCUACAAUGUAAGUAGUCAGAAAAUGAAGAAAAUGCUCUGAAUGAGGUGUGUCCAAAAUGUUGGCCUGUGCUGC